ACACACACAGUGUUCUCUAUCUCUUCUCUUCUCUUCUUUUUUGUUUCUCUCUUAUUAUUGUCUCUCUCUCUCUCUUCCUCAGGCGUGUCAUCCAAAUUACAGUCUCUCAUCAUCAAUAUCCAUAAUUCUUUGUCUCCAUUGUUCCCUGUUACACUCAUUUUCUCUUAUCACUCUUCAAUAUUUUUGUGUGUAUGAUUAUCAAUGGCAUGAAUUCUCUGUUUUCCAUCAGCUUUUGACUCUUCUUAAACAGACAAUAAAGACAUUCCUUUAAUCAUUUUUCACCCCACUCCUUCAUUUUACUCUCUUUUUCUUCCUGUUGCUCUGUUUUCGUCGUCUUCUUCUAUAAAAAUAGUACAUAUGGAUAGAUAUAACUAUCAAAAAGAGAGAGAAAUCUCACAUUCUUCAAACCCAUCAUUCUCCUCUACACUUCUUGACGCAAUUUACCGUUCAAUUGAUCAAGGAGAAGAAGAAAUUGUUCAUUACAAAGAAACAAUGCGCAAGAAACACAGUACCAACAACAUGGAGAAUUUCCAAAAAGCUUGUAUGAUUGAGAAAUGGAUGGAACAUAAAGUGAGUGAAAAAGUUGUUCGAAGAAACUCUCUUGCAGAUAUCGAAAGGAAAUCAAGAAAUUUGAUGAAUUCAAGCUCGAGUUCUUCAGAUUCUAGUUAUUCAGAAACCGAAGCUGUUUAUAAUAACGGAGUUAUUUCAUCUAGGUCUUCUUCUUGUUAUGGUUUGAAUAGGCCUAAACCAAUUAGAACUUCCAUUUCAGCUCCGAACCCUGAAAAAAUCACCAAAAACCAAGCUAAAUCACUCAAUAGUUAUGCCGAUUUUGUUCCUAAAACCAAAAAUGAAACAGGGUUUGUGAAAACAAAAUCAAAAGCUUUGAAGAUUUACGGAGAUUUAAAGAAAGUGAAGCAACCAAUAUCACCAGGUGGUCGAUUAGCAAGUUUUUUAAACUCAAUUUUCACUACAAAUGCGAAAAAACCAAAAGUUUCAUCAAAUUCAGCAAAUGCAUCUACUUGUUCUUCUGCUUCUUCAUUUUCCAGGUCAUGUUUAAGUAAAAGCACUCCAAAAUCUAACGGAACUAAACGUUCCGUUAGAUUUUAUCCAGUCAGUGUAAUUGUAGACGAAGAUUGUCAACCAUGUGGACACAAAAAUAUAUACGAGGAACAAAACCCCAACAAUAUCAGAAACGCCAUUAAUGAAGAGCUUAAAUUCCAUGCUAUGGAGAACAAUCGUCGAGUUGAUCAAGCUGCUAAGGAUUUGUUGAGGAAUUAUCAGAGAAAUUCACAAAUCAAGAAAAUGGAGAUUUUUGAUGAUGAAGAUGAUGAUGUGGCAAGUUGUGCUAGUUCAGAUUUAUUUGAACUUGAUAAUCUUUCUGCAAUUGGAAUUGAUAGUAAUAGGUAUCGUGAAGAAUUACCGGUUUAUGAAACUACUCAUCUUGGUACUAAUCGUGCUAUUGUUAAUGGUUUGAUUUUGUAAUUCCUUAAUAAUAAAUUUGGAAGAAAAAAAAAAAAAAAGGAGGAAAAAACUGUUAGUAGAGGUUGUAUUAUUGUUAACUAAUGUAAUUUAUGUAAUUGGUUUGAUUGGGGGUUUACAUUGAGAGAAAUGAAAUUUCUCCUCGAAAUUAAUUCUAAUAUCUACCUUGUGUAAA